AUGAAAGAUCAUAUCAUUGAUCUCAAAAAAGUUGUACUCGAAGUUCCAAAUCAAGACAAUUCAUCUAGUAAAAAGCAUAAGAGACUCAUUAAGGGCUUAGAUGCAGAGUUUGUGUCUGGGAAGCUGUAUGCUUUUAUGGGGGCAAGCGGAAGUAGCAAGACAACGACUAUGGAGGCCAUUGCAGGAAUGAUCCCAUACGGGUCCAAAAGUAGCGGAGAGAUAUUAAUAGACAAUAGCGAAAGAAGCGACAACAAAUGGUGGGAAAUGGAAUCAUCAUAUGGAAGGCAGAAUGAGUACAUUAUUAAUGAGCUGACAGUUGAAGAGUUUAUCUACUACACCACUUCUUUCUGCUUACCUCAUGAAAGUAAGAAGAACAUCAAGAGGGUUAUGGAUGAAGUAUUGGACAACGUUCUUGGACUGAAGCAUGUUAGAAACAACCGAAUGACGAAGCUUUCUGGAGGAGAAAAAAAGAGGGUGAAUAUUGCAACGACUUUCACGAAAAUGCUCUUGCUUGAAGGAAAGCUGAAGGUGGCGCUUCUCGACGAGCCGACCAGUGAGCUUGACUCAGGGCUGGCUGUGAAGGUGAUAAGGUUCCUUAAGAGGUAUGCAGAAAGGAAUAAUGCCAUAGUGCUUGUAACCGUUCACCAGCCCGGGCCUGAGCUUUAUAGUACCUUUGACAAUCUACUUUUUAUGGACAAGGGGAGAAAGAUAUAUGCAGGCCCUGCCAAUGGUUUCAUGAAAUACUUGAAUUCCAAGGGUAUUUACAAUCCAAAGGGCCCCGAGACCGACAGGGAGUUUUUAUUUAAUUUAUUUACAAGUGGAUCUGAAGAAGCAGAACAGUACAAGGAGGAAAUCAAGAAAAUUAGAAGUGAAGCAAAGGAGGAAGCAAGUGUUGACGACAAGCUCAAGGUAGACGAUGAUACAAAGGUAGACUUUGUUCCGAACUUCUCGGUAGUUCUCUCCUUGGUAAAGAGGCAGUUCCUUAUAGACUUUAGAUCUUACGUCUAUUUGAUCUAUUUGAUAACUUGUGCUGUUCUCGUUAUUCCAGUAUUGUUGAAAAAGCCACCUUUCCUUGCAUUUGUCGCCGUAAUUGGCAGUCUUGGCCAUUUUUCUGGCAUAUUUUCCAAUGGAAUGUUAGAUACAAGUCGAAAAUACAUCCAAGAAGAAACCAAUAGGGGAAUGUAUAACACUGCAACAGUAUGGGUAUCCGCGGUGGUUAUAGAAGCUCUUCAUGCAGUUAUCAAAAUGGGGAUUUUUAUUGGGCUUAUGUAUGCCUUUAAUGCCUUUGGGCUUUUAAAAACAGCUAAUAUCCCUCUCCCUAAAUUUACGCCCUCUAUCUUUAUGCAUGGAAUACUAUUCUUGUUUAUGGGAAGCAUUUCUAACUUAUAUAAAUGCUUGGUGGAUCCUGGAACAGGUACUGGGACAGCACUUUUGAUUGCUUGUAUGUCUUUUAAGGCGUUCAUUUUAGCCCUCAGCAAAUCUAAUCAUAUCCUUCAUUUCGUUAAUUUCCUAUUUAAAAAAUACCUUAACUUCGCAAUUAUUUCCGAUGAUUGGAAACUACCUUCGCCGAUAUCAUCGUUCCUUGACUUCUUGAUCAGAUUAUUUUAUCCAGAACUUGUUGUCAGGUCAAAAUUAGGAAUUAUUGCCAAGUCAGAUGUGGGUUUUCCUGUGGAUUAUAAACUCGGGAACUUGCAGUUUGUUAUGUUCCUUAUCACCUCAUUCAUUUCGCUCAGCCUUAUUUCCAUCAUUUUCUUGGACAGAAGCUUUACCCCUUCAAGGCGCCUAAAGUUGUCUGAAAAUAAGGCUGCAAAGCCAAGGAUGAAACCACUUACUCAAGGAUCCUGGCUUAAACGGAUCUUGGUGAUUGUUGCGGUGGUUCUGGUGAUUUCAGCAUUCGCCUGCAUCCUCAUGAGUGGUAUUAAUACUACCGGAGAUUUACUUUCGGAUUUCGAAGUCGACCAAUAA